AGUAAAAACAGAAUCAAAUUGGGAUUUUAUAGAAAUUGUCAAAUUGUUCAUAUUAUUUAAUUUAAUUUACAAUAUUACAAUGUAUAAAUAAUUGCAUGUAUUUAAUAGUAAUUUUAUUAGUAACUUGCUAUACUUUAUAUAUUUGUGUUAUAUUCCAUAUGAUUAUAACUUUCCCAAGUAUUCCAGAUACAGAUAUUUAAUCGGCCUGGAGAGAGUUACAAUUGCUAAACUUGUACUAUUGCUGAAACAAGUUUAUCAGAAGAAACCAUUAUAACUUCGAGAUCAUUUUAUUGCAUGUCUAUAAAAAAAUGUAUCUCAACAUUUUAUAAUGGAAACUUGGAAUUCAGAGUGGGUUGAUAAUCCAGAAGAUUUACUAUCUUUAGCAGAGUGGCUAUUAGAUGAAGCUCCUCCAGAAAGUCCUACUUGUUCAAGAGGUUCAAAUGAAUACAUAGAGGGUGAAUGUGAUACCAAAAAUGAAAAAUGUGAAGAAUCUGUUAUAAAAACUAACCCAACAAAUGUAUUUUUAGCUAAGAAAAGACUUCAGGCUUAUAGCAAACAAAUAGGAAAACCUUCUAGUAAAGAAGAGAAAUUAAAUGUUUCAGAAGGGAAGCAUGUGAAACUUCAAGCCAAAAAAACUAGAAAAAAUCCUAAUUCCUAUAACAAAGCAAAAUCAGUUAUUGAAGAAAUAGAAGAGAUUAAAAAGAGAGAAAUUGAAGAUCUUAAACGGCGACAAGCAGUUGCAACAGCUAUUAGGUCUAUGAGUAUACAUGGACCACCAUCUCCAGAUCGCAGUUCGACUUUUAAACGAAGAGACCAAAAACAAAGGAACUACAGAAGAUCAGAUGGUUCGAAUAUAUAUAAACCUACUAGUGAUGAUUCCUCACGUAGAAGAGGAUCCAGAGAACCUUAUUCUAGUUCCAGAGAACCAAGAAGUUGGUCAGAAUACAGAAAACCUAUAACUCCCAGAGAUGAAAACUUUAAAUCUGUAUCAAGAAAGGAUAUUACCAACUUGAGUUUGCUUGAAAAACUGUAUAAUUUUGAUUCGCCAUCUCCUGCAAUUGAACCAUUGGUAGUCGAAUGUGAAACUGGUUUAAAGACGGUACCAGUUUGUAAUUUAAAGGUAACAAAUUGUCGACCCCAUUUAGUGUAUAGCGUUAAUUCUGAUAGACACAAAGAGAGUUUUAUAUCGAGGGAGCAGUUGUUUCACUUAGUAUCGAGCAAGCGGAAACAAGCCAUCAAUGAUGUUAUUAAUAAGCAAUCCAAGCCCCCGCUAAAUAAUAAAACGGUGCAGUCACAGCCGUGGUAUGAGAAGAUAAUGUGGAGGAAGUCUGCUAAUCCAGAGUGUAAAGUACUCGAAAAUUCUGUCGGUUUGUCUUUUCUUCAGACUUACUCCGAUGAAGACUCCGAGAAUGAAACAGAAGAAAUCGUAAUAUGUAGUGGCAUUAAACAAAAACCAAUAACUCCUAUUAACCCUGUAACUGUUUUUUCAAUCCAAAAUGAUGCUGUUAUGGAUAAUAAAGAUUUAAAAAUUCCACGUGUGCUAGCACCAGAAACAACAGUGCAGCAAUCACCAUCACCAAUCUAUAAUGUGCUCCAAGAUGAUACCGAAAUGUACACUCCUGAAUUGAGUCCAAAUGAAAUGAGUCAGUCGGAAUCAAUACGUUACAAAUCAGGGGAUGAAACCGGCGUAUUAACUCCAGAAAUUUCGUCCUCACAAUUAUUAAAAGUUACACAAGUUGAAGAACAAACUCCAGAAAAACGUCAAACACAAGUUGAAGAAAAAACUCCAGAAAAACGUCAAUUAGAUUCUGAACCUGAAAAAUCAGACACACAAGAAAAAGAAAAGGAAAAGGUAUUGAAAGAUAAAAAGAAAACUAAACGAAAACUGGAACAACCAGUGGAUGAAGAAAUUCCCAAGCACAAAAAGAAGAAGAAACUUAAAAAACGCGAUUCUCACGAAGAUAGUGAUGGUUCUCAAGAAAAAAGAAAGAAGAAAAAGCCGAAAAAAGCUAAAAACAAAGAAAAAAUAUCUAAGAAACCGAAAACCAGUACCAAGAAAUCGAAAAAGAAAGAUGUAUCUGAAGUUAAUGUAAAAAAGAAAAAAGCAAAGAAGAAGAAAAAGAAAACGAUUAGUGUAAAUGCUAAAUCACCAUUAUUGGAUGACUUACGAAAGAAGUUAAAGAAGAAAGCCAAGAAAAAAGCAUCGCAAAAAGUAGAAGCACCGUCGAAGUGUAAGUCUUCUGAAAACGUAGAAAUUUCGAAAACAAAUACACGGAAAGAGAAACAUAAAAACAAUUAUUCGGAAAGUGAUUCCGAAUCUCGUCUCGAACCUGUCAGAAGCUUAGAAAUAGAAAUUAAAAAAGAAGUUGAUCAGAAUAUAGAUCCCGUGCAAGAGAAAAAUAUCCCAACACAUGACAUUAGUGUAAUACCAAUUAUCGCAAUUAAAACUGAACCUGUUGAUGAAGAUUUUAACGAAAAUCAAAACGUACCACCUCAAAAAACUGUUGAAUUCAACGAUACUUGGGAGAGCGAAGAAGAAGAAAGCCAAACGAUAAAACCAAAUCUAAACUCAGGAUGGGAGAGCGAUGAGGAAGACUAUAAAGCAGAAGAGAGACAAACUGAAACCAGAGAAGAUGAGAUAGCUAGAAAUAAUGAUGCCGUUCUAGAUCUGGAAAUACCCUUAAAUAUCAAACCGUUUAAAAAACGGGAUUCACAAAUAUUUAUUUCAAAGAAACCGCUCGUAAAUAUAGAUCCAAGUGAUUUGGAGACAGAAAAAGCUAUAGUAGUACCCAUCGAAAAUCAAAAUGCUGUUAAUACUCAAGUAGAUUGUACGCCUAAAAGAGGAAGGUGGGACAGAAAAGAAUCCAGCUCUGAAGUUCAUUCUUCAGAACUGAAGACUGAACACCUUGCAUUAAAUGUGAAUACUUUUAUUGUUGAGAAGAAGGAAGUAUUGGAAAACGAAUACGAAGAGUUUAUGAAGGCUGUAACUUCGAAAUCUGCUGAAGAAGUGAAGACAGGCAACGUCAGUUGCCUGUCUUCAAGCGAGGUUGGCAUAGAUUUAACCAAGAUGACCGAAAAGAGCCAGAAUGUCACAGAAGUUAUUCCCCGACAAACUGUAGUACCUGCUAAAGAUAUACCCUUCAUACCAAUGCCAGACGAAAGAAAACUACAGACAUCUCUAGUGCCCACAGCCAAGAUGGACCAUGAAAUACCUUUGAACCUUCCUUCACAUCGGAUAAAUGUUGUAAUAUCUAAACCAACGAUCACAACUCGGCAGUUAAUCGAAAAUAAAACUGAGUUUGCUCAAAGUGGAACUCCGACGAAAACUCCAUUUAGUUUUACUUCGUUAGUGCUACCGACCAAAAAGUCACUCAUAGAUAAUUCUAACCUCAAACUUGGCGAUUCCGACGAUGAGAAUCAGAAAAUGAAAUCUGUUUCAGAACUAAGGAAAGAAUAUUUAGGCGAGCAUGGAGAAUUUGAUACGGUUAUACAUAAGAUACAAAAAAACAGUGAGUUUAUGAAUCCUGAACCCAAAAACACUGCCGAACCGGUUAGCGAACGUCAUAGGAGUCGAUCUAGAAGUCCUUUGAGAUCUAGUCGUAGACAUGAUGAAAAAUCGAAAAAGAGGAGCCCUUCACCUAAAAGAGACUCUCAUAGAAGAAGGGACAGUCCUAGACGAAGGGGUUAUUCGCCCAGAAAAGAUUAUUCUCCCAGAAGAAGAAAAUCGCCUGACAGAUAUAGAGAUAAGAGCAGGCAGUCUCCUGGGAGAAAAUAUUCAUCAAGAAGGAGCCACUCCCCCAACUACCGGAAAAGAACACCUUCGCCUAGGAGAAGAUCGCCUAGAAGAGGUGUCUCUCCUCGGGAUCGAUCGAAUAAAAAAUCGUCUAGAACCAGGGAGACAUCGGACAGAAUGGAAGCAGAAACUAAACGACAAACAUCAUCGCCGUUAGAAAGGCUAAAAAGAAGCGUUGCCGAUUCUACCAUUUCAGAUGACUCUCUUCUGCCACAACCCAGCGUAGAAGACUAUACCCACUCUCCAAUUCCUCUUUAUUUCGAUCGAAUGAAGCAAGCGGAGAUGAGAAAAGCGCUUUCGGAUAACAACAUUCAGGUGAAACUCGGAAUGCGGAAAGAAGAAUUUAGGCCAAUAAGUACAACCUACGACAAUUUCUAUCAAAACCAAUUCUCCCAAAGUUCCUCGUUUUCUACAUCAAUAAAGUCACAGGCGGCAACUACUAGACUGUCCAAUUUCGUCCAGGUUGGAAAUAUGGUUCAAAUCGUUCCCACGGACUUGGAAAUGAAGAUUGAUGACGUCAUGAGUAAUAUCAGGCCUGAGAAUAAAUCUCAAAUUUUGCAGGUGGGUAAUAUGCUGCAAAUUGUUCCUGCCGAAGUACUGCCUGAUUUACCACCACUUCCGCCUUCUUCGAAGAAGGAAGAAAUUGAUAUUAAAGCUUCGCUUCCUAUUCCAAUAGAAAAACCAUCUGCAGAAACGACAAUGAAGCAGAAGAUCGCCGAAAGAAGAACGGAGAGGGACAAGAGAAGAAAAGAAAGGGAGGAGAGACGACAAGAAAAAGAAAAUAGAAGAAGAGAAAAGGAGAAGCGAAGGCAGAUUAAAAUGAAGCAAAAAACGGAAAAUAUGAUUAAGAAAGCUCUUCAGCUGGAAGUAGAUAGUCAAGACAUCAAAGAUUCCGGAAUGGAUGAAUUGCCAGCACAAUGGCCACCGAUCCAUCUUUCCGGAAGUUCCAAGGAUUCGUUGAAUAAAAGUAUUCUUGUGAGAGGCAUAAGGUCGUCAAAAUCGAAGCGAAAAGUAGUCCAGUUUGCUGACGGUGUUAGACCCGGUGAAGGAACCUCGCCCUCUGCAGGAGAAGAAUUGACAGCUUCUCUGUCUACUAAAGUACUGCCAAAGGAAAAAAGAUACACUAAAACCAAAAUGCGGUUAAAGCAUAAUAAGAAGAAAGUUAAGGUAAAAAUAAUUAAACCGACUGAUCAAACCGAGGAAAGCGACGAAGACAACUUACCUCCACCGUCUCCUCCACCCGGAUCACCUCCACCUCACUUGUUUCCUCCCCGUAUUAAGGCACCGCCUCUCCCUAGCCACCCGCCUUACGUUUCAAAUAUCGUCAAUCAAAACACUAUGUUUAGGACGCCGCCUGUUAAUAUGCUAAUGAUGCCGCAAUCGACUUUGGCCGAUUCUCCCAUGCAAGUUCACUCUUACGCGCAGUACUCUGUGCCGCCUUUGCCGCCAACAAAACCUCCUCCUCUUUUAGGAAAUCCCUUAGGAGCACUAGAUUCUUCCAGUGGAAGUGUUCAUCGUAAUCAUCAUUACAAUUAUGCGUUGUAGAAUAAUUAAAUAUUGAUUAAUUUAAGAAAUCUAAUAAAUUGUAUAGUUUAUUUAUUGAUUUAAGGUAUCUUUUUUGUGUUAGAUAAUUUUUAUAGUCAAUCCAAUUUUAAAUCGUGUAAAAAAUAAAUCAUUUACCAGGUAAA